CACAUCUCUAUCUCCAGCCUGUUGUUAGACGAUCGCGAAAGCGAAUCUCAGUCCUCCUCCCGAACCAUCCGCUUCAAACAUCACAAUGGCGAUCAGCCCGCAAAUUUCCAACCUGGUUAUUAUCCUAGGGUUUAUGCAAAUUUCGAAAAAGAUACCGUUCGACAACGAGAAUGUCCUCAAUGGCGUGCGCGCGCUCUACAUCGUCUCCAACCUGAUCAUCGCGGGUAUUUACCUCUACGUCCAGGCGCAGAUCAACAAGAAGAAUGACAUGACCGUCGUCAAAUACGUCGAGCCCGCUCCGAUGGGCUCCGGCGAGGAACCAAAGUUCGUCGCUACCACAGUCAAGGCCUACGAUCUCCAGAAGCUGCGCGAGCUCUUCAAGGCCCAAAUGAUGGGUGUCGGCAUGAUGGGUGUGAUGCACCUCUACUUCAAGUACACCAACCCGCUCCUCAUUCAGUCCAUCAUCCCCCUCAAGGGCGCUUUCGAAGGCAACCUCGUCAAGGUCCACCUCUUUGGUCAGCCCGCAACUGGCGACCUUGCUAGGCCAUGGAAGGCGGCCGGCGGUAUGAUGGGUGCUAUGGGUGGUGGCGAGAUUAAGACCGACAAGAAGAGCAUCGAGGCUGCUGAGCGUGCUGGCCGCGGUGGCGUCAAGGACGAGUAGACGGAUUCUCGUACCUUGUAAACGUUUUUAUGCAAGGGAUUCUUGCAUGAGAGCUGUCUUCUUGAUAGGGAAUACCUAGUCUACCGGACUUGUGGGUGUGAUUGAGCGACUCAUGCGCCUGCUAAUUGUAUAACAUAAACGUUUUAUGCUGCUAUUGUUCUUGACUUGUGAUGCUUUAUCUUUCUCAAAAUCGUGUACAAUCAUUUCACCUCCUAGGGCCCAGCCCUACAGCUCUCUCAUCCAGAAAAACAGCUAUCCUCUAUGUUCAGUCUAUAAACUCCAAAUUCACAAUCAGCCAUGAGUUCCGCGCCAACCAGUACGCCUCUGAUCACACCGAUCCUCAU